UUCACCCUCAUUGUGGAGGCCUGGGACUGGGACAACACCACCAACCCCGAUGAGGAACUGCUGAUUGAACGGGUGUCGCACGCUGGCAUGAUUAACCCCGAGGACCGCUGGAAGAGCCUGCACUUCAGCGGUCACGUGGCCCACCUCGAGCUGCAGAUCCGUGUGCGCUGUGACGAGAACUACUACAGCGCCACGUGUAACAAGUUCUGCCGGCCCCGUAACGACUUCUUCGGGCACUACACCUGUGACCAGUAUGGCAACAAGGCCUGCAUGGACGGCUGGAUGGGGGAGGAGUGCAAGGAAGCUGUGUGCAAGCAAGGGUGCAACCUGCUUCACGGUGGAUGUAGCCUGCCGGGGGAGUGCAGGUGCAGCUACGGCUGGCAGGGGAAGUUCUGUGACCAGUGUGUGCCUUACCCUGGCUGUGUGCAUGGCAGCUGUGUGGAGCCCUGGCAGUGCACCUGUGAGACCAACUGGGGUGGCCUGCUCUGCGACAAAGACCUCAACUACUGUGGCAGCCACCACCCCUGCACCAAUGGAGGCACGUGCAUCAAUGCUGAGCCGGACCAGUACCACUGCGCCUGCCCAGAGGGGUACUCUGGCAAGAACUGCGAGCGGGCUGAGCACGCCUGUGCCUCCAACCCCUGUGCCAAUGGGGGCUCUUGCCACGAGGUGCCAUCUGGUUUUGAGUGCCACUGCCCGUCGGGCUGGAGUGGGCCCACCUGUGCGCUCGACAUCGAUGAGUGCGCCUCAAACCCUUGUGCAGCAGGCGGCACCUGCGUGGACCAGGUGGACGGCUUCGAGUGCAUCUGUCCGGAGCAGUGGGUGGGGACCACGUGCCAGCUGGACGCCAAUGAGUGUGAAGGGAGGCCGUGCCUUAAUGCUUUCUCUUGCAAAAACUUGAUUGGUGGCUAUUACUGUGAUUGCAUCCCGGGCUGGAAAGGCGCCAACUGCCACAUCAACAUUGACGACUGCCGGGGACAGUGUCAGCAUGGUGGCAUCUGCAAGGACCUGGUGAGCGGGUACCAGUGCGUGUGCCCCGCGGGCUUCAGUGGCCGACACUGUGAGCUGGAGCGGGAUGAGUGUGCCAGCGGCCCGUGCCGUGGUGGUGGUCUCUGUGAGGACCUAGUGGACGGCUUCCGCUGCCACUGCCCUAAGGGCCUAUCUGGGCCCCUGUGUGAGGUAGAUGUGGACCUGUGUGAGCCCAGCCCCUGCCAGAACGAUGCCCGCUGCUACAACCUGGAGGGUGACUACUACUGCGCUUGCCCUGAUGACUUUGGUGGGAAGAACUGCUCUCUUCCCAGGGAGCCAUGCCCCGGCGGGGCCUGCCGAGUGAUCGAUGGCUGUGGGUUAGAGGCGGGAGCCCGGGUGCCUGGUGCCAUGCCCUCUGGUGUGUGCGGCCCCCACGGACACUGCAUCAGCCAGCCGGGUGGCAACUUCUCCUGUGUCUGUGACAGUGGUUUCACAGGCACCUACUGCCAUGAGAACAUUGACGACUGCCUUGGCCGGCCCUGCCGCAACGGGGGCACGUGCAUUGAUGAGGUGGAUGCCUUCCGCUGCUUCUGCCCCAGUGGCUGGGAGGGCGAGCUGUGUGACACCAAUCUCAACGACUGCCUCCCUGACCCCUGCCACAGCCGCGGCCGCUGCUACGAUCUGGUCAAUGACUUCUACUGUGCCUGUGACGACGGCUGGAAGGGCAAGACCUGCCACUCGCGCGAGUUCCAGUGUGACGCCUACACCUGCAGCAAUGGGGGCACGUGCUACGACAGUGGGGACUCCUUCCACUGUACCUGUCCCCCAGGCUGGAAGGGCAGCACCUGCAGCGUUGCUGAGAACACCGGCUGCCUGCCCAACCCUUGUGUGAACGGCGGUACCUGCGUGGGCAGUGGGGAUUCCUUCUCCUGCAUCUGCCGAGACGGCUGGGAGGGCCGCACCUGCACGCACAACACCAAUGACUGCAACCCGCUGCCCUGCUACAAUGGCGGUGUCUGUGUGGACGGUAUCAACUGGUUCCGUUGCGAGUGUGCACCCGGCUUCGCAGGCCCCGACUGCCGCAUCAACAUUGAUGAGUGCCAGUCCUCGCCCUGCGCCUACGGGUCCACUUGUGUGGAUGAGAUCAACGGUUACCACUGCAGCUGCCCACCUGGCCGGGCUGGGCCACGGUGCCAGGAAGUGAUCGGGUUUGGGCGGUCCUGCUGGUCCCAGGGCGUGCCCUUCCCACACGGGAGCUCCUGGGUGGAGGAUUGUAACAGCUGCCGCUGCCUGGAUGGCCACCGGGAUUGCAGCAAGGUGUGGUGUGGGUGGAAACCCUGCCUGCUGACCGGCCAGCCCGAUGUGCUGAGUGCCCAGUGUCCGCCAGGGCAGCGGUGCCAGGAGAAGGCACCGGGCCAGUGCCUGCAGCCCCCAUGUGUGGCCUGGGGGGUGUGCAGCACUGAGGAGCCCCUCCAGCCCAGCACGCCCUGCCUGCCUCACUCUGGCCACCUGGACAGCAACUGUGCCCGCCUCACGCUGCGGUUUGACCGAGACCAAGUGCCCCAGGGCACCACUGUGGGCGCCAUCUGUGCCGGGAUCCGCUCCCUGCCAGCCACCAGGGCUGUGGCCCGGGACCGCCUGCUCGUGCUGCUCUGUGACCGGGCAUCCUCGGGGUCCAAUGCUGUGGAAGUGGCCUUGUCCUUCAGCCCAGCCCGGGAUCCAGCGGAUAGCAGCCUGGUCCAGAGUGCGGCCCACGCCAUUGUGGCUGCCAUCACACGUCAGGGGAACAGCUCACUGCUGCUGCCUGUCACCGAAGUCAAGGUGGAGACAGCGGUUGUAGGCAGCUCCUCCACAGACCUGCUGGUACCCGUGCUGUGUGGCGUGUUCAGUGUGCUGUGGCUGACUUGCAUCGCCAUCUGCGUGUGGUGGACGCGUAAGCGCAGGAAAGAGCGGGAGAGGAGCCGGCUGCCGCGUGAGGAGAGCGCCAACAACCAGUGGGCGCCGCUCAACCCCAUCCGUAACCCUAUUGAGCGGCCGGGGGGCGGAGGCCUGGGCGGUGGCGGCGGGGGCCACAAGGACGUGCUCUACCAGUGCAAGAACUUCACGCCACCGCCGCGCAGGGCGGGCGAGGUGCUGCCCGGGCCAGCGGGCCGAGGGGGCAGCGAGGACGAGGACGAGGAGGAGCUGGGCCGCGGCGAGGACGACUCCCUGGAGGCGGAGAAGUUCCUUUCGCACAAAUGCACCAAAGACCCGGGCUGCAUGCCAGGGCGGCCAGCCCUCUGGGCCUCGGGCCCCAAGGUGGACAACCGUGCGGUCAGGAGCGUCAAGGACACCCGCUCCGCCAGCAAGGAGUAG